UCGUACGCGUCUAAUCAUGAAAUUGUUUGUAGUCCUCUCCCUGUUGACCGUUGCAGCCGCAGCACCUCAAGCAGCGUCACGCUCGGCUCCGAACGAAGAAGUUCAAAUUCUCAGGUUCGAUUCCAGCAACGAUGGUCUCGGCUCUUAUAAUUUUGCAUUUGAACAAAGUGACGGCACGAAGAAAGAGGAACAAGGUGAAUUGAGGAACGCGGGGACUGACGAUGAGUUCGUGGCCGUCAAAGGAUCUUACUCGUGGCAAGGACCUGAUGGCGUGGUAUAUACUAUCACCUACACCGCCGACGAUAACGGUUUCAAGCCAACCAUCGAACAAGGACCAGGCGGAGGCGUACCACCUGGCGUUGUCGCUUCUCUCCUUGGUUAA